CUCCGCCGCAGCCUCUGCCUCAGCCUCCACCUCCGCUCCGUCCGCGACCCCAGCCGGGGCCCCGACCCCAGCCCCAGCCCCGGCCCCGCCCGCGGCCCCAUCAACCUCCGCCCCGGCCACGGCGGCCCAACCGUGGGUACGAUGCUUCCCAGCUCCAUCCAGAUUUCCGGGGAGCCGCUGUCGGGCGCCGAGGUGCGGGACAUCUGCCGCGGCCUGCGCGACAACGCGGUGCGUCUGCUGUCACUGCGCGGCUGCCGCCUCUGCGACCGCGACUUCGGCCGCAUCUGCCGGGCGCUGGCCGGGGCCACGUCCCUGGCGCAGCUCAACCUUAACCUAGGCGUCGUGUCCAGCCCCAGCCGCAUCAAGCAGCUGGCGGAAGCCCUGCGAACCAACCGCUCCAUCCAGUCCCUGUUCCUGCAUGGGAGCCCGCUAACAGAUGCGGGGCUGGCCUUGUUGAACCCAGCCCUGGCCCUCCACCCCGCCCUCGUGGCUCUCGACCUAGGGGACUGCAUGCUGGGUGAUGAAGCCAUCAACCUCAUCUGUGGCCUGCUACCCCCAGAUGGGGCUAAGUCUGGCUUGAAGGAGCUAACACUAAGCGCCAAUCCCGGCAUCACCCCUAAGGGCUGGAGCCGCCUCGCCAUCGCUGUGGCCCACAGUUCCCAGGUCCGCGUCCUCAAUCUGGACUACAACCCCCUGGGUGAUCAUGUGGCAGGGAUGCUGGCUGUAGCUGUGGCCUCAAGCCGUACUCUAGAAGUCCUAGAUUUGGAAGGCACAGGCCUCACCAACCAAUCAGCUCAGACCCUGCUGGACAUGGUAGAAAAUUACCCAACAGCUUUGCGGAGCCUGGUGUUGGCUGAGAACAGCAUUAGUCCAGAGCUGCAGCAGCAGAUCUGUGACCUCCUCUCCGAGGGGGAGGAGGAGGAGGAGGUGGCAGGAGGAGCUGGCGACACCCAGGAAUGGGAGAGAGGGCAGGAACCUGCUGCCCACCAGAGGGGCAACAGCAGCUCCUGGAUGUGUCCCAGCGAUCCUAGCUCUCAGAUGGUGCUGAUGACUUCAGGACUAGGGGACAGUCUGUUGGCUGAGACCGAGAUGUGACUCUCCAGUUGGGCUUCUGGGCAUCAUUACAUUUGUCUGUGUUCCCAGCACCUUCUCCUAGAUGUCAGGGAGAGGCCCUGGGGUUUGGGGGGAGAGGGGAUACCUGGGGCUCUGGCAGCUCCUGGCAGUGUGCUGGGAGACUCUGGAAGCUGCGACUGGGCAACAGCCUUGGGGACACUUGAGCCCAGGGCAUUACCUCUGGACUUGUUAGCAGCUCUGUCUGCAACCCGCUGGCUCGGAAGAGAUUUUAUGAACUCCACAA